AUGGCUGAUAACACAAACACAAACGUGCCUGUACACGAUGACAAGCGACAAAAAACCGAGGAGGACGCUGAGAUGUUUCAGUCGGUAGGAGACCACGCCUCCAAUGUGGACAACCAAGUCGACAGCCAAGGUCUGAGAAAGACCGGAGCUGAGGAUGCCGAGGGACACCCAGUACAGGAGAUUGAGUCUUUCUGUGUCAACUGUGAGAAGACCGGAAUCACCCGACUGCUGCUCACUCGAAUUCCUUACUUCCGGGAGAUUGUGCUCAUGUCUUUUGAGUGUCCCCACUGUCAUCUGAAGAACUCCGAGAUCCAGCCUGCUGCCCAGGUCAGCGAAAAGGGCAGCAAGUACAUGCUGCGAGUAGAGAAGAAGGAGGAUCUGGCCCGACAGGUGGUCAAGAGCGACUCUGGAAACGUGAAGUUUGUCGAGCUCGAUGUUGAGAUUCCUGCCAAGCGAGGCCAGUUGACCAACGUUGAGGGUCUCCUCACCCAACUUGCUGAGGAUCUCGAGAGCGACCAGCCCGUGCGACAGCAUGUGGACCCAGAGACCCACGCGAAGAUCGAGGAAUUUUUGGCCAAGAUCAGAGGCACCAUUGAGGGAGAUGAGCAGCGAUACCCCUUCACCGUCCAGGUCGACGAUCCAGCUGGAAACUCGUGGAUCGAGUACGUUCCCGGAGAGCCCUCUUCCAAGUGGUCUCACGUUGAGUACUUCCGAACCAAGGCCAUGGCGAAGGCUCUGGGUCUGUCUGUUCAGGAGGAUGACACCCCUGCUAGAAACCAAUCUGUUGCCCAGGCUGUGAACGACGCAGCUCCCUCUAUUACUGCUGCUUCCGAUACUAUCACCACCGCCGAUGGCUCUGAAAUUGAGAACAUGCACUCCGAGGUCCAAACCUUUGAGUCUUCGUGUCCUUCUUGUUUCUCCAAGAACUGUCCCACCAACAUGAAGGUGGUCAACAUCCCCCAUUUUAAGGAUGUCAUCAUCAUGGCCACUGUCUGUGAGGACUGUGGAUACAAGUCAAACGAGGUCAAGACCGGAGGAGAGGUUCCCGAGAAGGGUAAGCGAACCACUCUUCUGUGUGAUGACCCCGAGGAUCUGACUCGAGACAUUCUCAAGUCCGAGUCCUGUAGACUGCACAUUCCCGAGCUGGAUCUGGACCUGACAGCCGGAACUCUUGGAGGUCGAUUCACCACCAUUGAGGGUCUCCUCAACCAGGUUCACGACGAGCUUGACGAGCGAGUCUUCACUCAGACUUCCGACUCCAUGACUGUCGAGACCGAGCAGCGAUGGCGAACUUUCCUGGCUCGACUCAAAAGCGCUGCCGAGGGCAAGAUUCCUUUCACUCUGGUGAUGGAGGACCCUCUCGCUGCCUCUUACAUUCAGAACCCCUUUGCUCCUGAUGCUGACCCCAACAUGAACCAUGAAGACUUCGAGCGAACUGACGAGCAGAAUGACGAUCUUGGACUCAAGGAUAUGAACGUUGAGUCUUACCAGGAGCAGCCCAAGGAGGAGGCUAACUAG